AUGUCAUCAAAUAAUACACAUUUUGGUACUUUGACUAAUGAUAAUGAAGUAAUAUUUGAGUGGAAGAAUGAAAUGAAUUAAUAAAUUGGCUUAUCUGUGUCAUUUGAUUCAGCGUUAAAUUGUUAUAAUAUCCUUUUGUCUCAAAAUUUUACUAUUGUUAUAGAUUGCUAUUAUAAUAAUGAAUUCUUAUUAAUUCAACUUUCUGAUGAAUAAUCAAAAAUUGCUUAUUCAAUAGAAUCUAUUCAACCUACUUAAACUAAAAUAAAAUCAAUUAUAAAAGGAACAAAUGUUUUAUAUUAUAUGCCUAAUAUGAUACGGAUUAUUCAAUACUUUUACUAUUUUCAUCAGCUUUUUGUAAUUAAAGUAGUUUAAAUAAUUAAUUUGUCGAUUUCGAUGUCACUAUUGCAAUAAGCCCUAAUAUUUAUGCGAUAAUAUUUAUUAGAUGUUCUAAUUAUCUAUAUCUCCAGAUGCUCAAAUUUAUUAAAAAACUAAUUUAACCUAUUCAGAUUCAUAUUCUUUUAGAACUGUUAAUGUUUAUUAUAAUUAUUGGAGUUAUUCUUAAGUUGA